CCUUCCCGCCUCCCAGCCGCCGCCCAAGCCUUUCCCGGCCGGCGCCAGCAGGCCUGCUCGGUCGAUCUUCGAGCCGAAGAUGCGGAGGGGCUGGAAGAUGGCUCUGUCUGGGGGGCUGUGGUGCUGCCGCCGGGUACUGUCCUGGGUGCCAGUGCUCGUUAUUGUCCUCGUCAUUCUCUGGUCCUACUAUGCCUACGUCUUUGAACUCUGUCUCGUUACUGUUUUGAGCCCAGUAGAAAAAGUUAUCUACCUCCUACUCUAUCAUGCCAUUUUUGUGUUCUUUGCAUGGACCUACUGGAAGUCUAUCUUCACACUCCCACAGCAGCCAAACCAGAAGUUCCACUUGUCCUAUACAGACAAGGAACGCUAUGAAAAUGAAGAGAGACCUGAGAUCCAGAAGCAGAUCCUUGUGGAUCUGGCCAAGAAGCUACCAGUGUACACAAGGACCGGGAGUGGAGCUGUGCGGUUCUGUGACCGGUGCCAUCUAAUCAAGCCAGACCGCUGCCAUCACUGUUCUGUCUGUGCUAUAUGUGUUUUGAAAAUGGACCAUCACUGCCCAUGGGUUAACAACUGCAUUGGAUUUUCCAACUACAAAUUCUUCCUCCAGUUCUUAGCUUAUUCCGUUCUCUAUUGCCUGUACAUUGUGACAACCGUCUUCAGCUAUUUCAUCAAAUACUGGAGAGGGGAAUUACCUAGUGUUCGCUCUAAGUUCCAUGUCCUCUUUCUCCUCUUUGUGGCCUGCAUGUUUUUUGUCAGCCUUGUGAUUCUCUUUGGUUACCAUUGUUGGCUUGUCAGCAGAAACAAAACGACCUUAGAGGCCUUUUGCACUCCAGUAUUUACAAGUGGACCAGAGAAAAAUGGGUUUAACCUUGGCUUCAUCAAGAAUAUCCAGCAGGUGUUUGGCGAUAAUAAGAAGUUCUGGUUUAUACCUGUUGGGUCCAGCCCUGGUGAUGGACACUCCUUCCCUCUGAGGUCUAUAAAUGAAUCUCAGAACCCGCUGCUGGCAAAUGAGGAACGCUGGGAAGACAAUGAGGAUGACAGUCGAGGAGUCUUUACGGUCUCCAACUCCCGAGCUCAGGUGAUCCUUCCAUCUCAGAAUGUUGCACCCAGAUAUGAUGGCACAUACCUAUAG